AUGGACGACCGACUAAUUAACCAUAAUCACCACCACCGUCUUAGUCGCCAACUCUCCUCUGCAAGUCAACUCUCAUCUUUAGGAAUCCCAACCCCUUGUUCUAUCUCAUCAGUCUCAUCAUCUUCGUCAUCAUCUUCGUCAUCAUCUUCGUCAUCAUCAUCUACUUUUAGCUCCACCAACGGUCCUCCUGGAACUUCACAGCACUCUCAACAAACAAGUCCAAUGGACAUUCACAGCUCUCUCCAGUAUGAUAUGCCCUCAAUGGGGUUCCCGUUGACAGCCGGUGGGUCAGACUCGGAUUUAGAAGAUGGUUUAGAUAUGGUUUUACAACAGUCUCAACAACCACAGGAGCAGCAGCAGCAGCAGCAGCAACAACAGCAGCAGCAACAACCACCACCUCAACAACAACAACAACAUCAACCACUUCAACAACCAAGAGGAUUCACUGCAAUCUCUCAAGCACAAGGCCUUCCUCAGUCCUCAUCGUCAUCAACCCAGCAAAGCUUCCUAUCAAGACAUAAAAAACGCACUUCUCUAUCUAGCUCAAAUAGUCAAGGGCAACAGCCAAAUAUGCCUCCGAAAAAACGGCCAAGGAAAAAACCAGUCAGUCAAGCCAUGGCCAAAGACAUCUUGGCUCGCAUGGUUCUAGAACUACGCGCAUCCCACAAGUGGACCAUCGAUGACGAUCUCGCUCGAGCGUUCUUCAGCGUAUGGUGCGACGUACACCGACAGCACAAUCUGGACUCGGGUACCAAAGACAACUUUACACACUGGUUCAAAAAUCAAAAAAAGGUUUUCCGCAUUUACAACUCUGCCGUUAUCAAAAACGGUUACGAAAUUAAUGAACUCGAUGGAACAAUCAACUUCCCGUCGGAAGAAGCUCGAAACGACUUUAUCCAAGCAAAUAUCCAUUUGGCCCCGGAUAUCGCGGAAAAACUUCGUGCACCGUAUCCCCACUAUUCUUUUCUCAAAGAGCUGGAUCUCAAGAGACCACCUUCAUCAUCAUCAUCAUCAUCAACAUCUUCUUCUUCCUCGGCUCUUCUCCAACAAAAACCUGAAGGUUCAACAGUCACGCCGGAUGACCUCGACUCUCCUCUUGACUCGGAAAUAUCACCAAAAGCCCAGGUCUCACAACAACAACAACUUUAUGAUCUGGGUCUGGGACCCCCGAGCUCUUUCCAUUCUCCUCAAGGCCAUCCAACUGCUGCAUCGUCAGCCAUGCCAACCCCAAGUAAUGAUGGCACUCCUUCAUCCCAACAACCCACUCCUAGAGAAGAGUCCAAAAAAAGUCUAAGUCUUAACAACACCAACAACAAUAAUUCCGCAUGGUGGCCACAAAAACCAUUGGCCCCAUACAUGUACUCAGAAACUACAACCCAGAACCACCAGCAGCUUCCUCUACAACCACAACAUAUCUCACAACCGCAGCAACAGCAACAUCAACAGCAACAUCAACAUCAACAUCAACAGCAACAGCAACAGCAACAUCAACAUCAACAGCAACAGCAACAGCAACAGCAACAGCAACAGCAACAGCAACAGCAGCACCAUCAUCAUCAUCAGAAACAUCCACCUCUACCUCCACCACUGCCAUUAUCUUCUUCUACUUCUUCUAUACAGGCUGCUCUCCAACAACAUGCUACCCCCCCUCCUCUGCCACUUCCUCAACCACCACCUCCUGUUCCUCCUCCGCCAUCUUCUGUUUCUGUCUUAUCGUCAUCUUCACCGUCUGUACUAGGCUCUUCUUCUUCGACCAUGUUUCCUGUACAGCCAUUACCACAGCAGCAGCAGCAGCAGCAGCAACAGCAACAACAACAACAGCAGCAUCAGCAACAGGAACGAGUGUCAUUUCUACGGGCGAUUGACGAUAUGCCAUGCUUUACUAGAGACGAAAAGGCUCUAUUUUUAAGUAACUACUUGCCGCACCGAACGGCCGUACUCUUCGAGGCAGUCGACCCGGCGUCGCUGGACGACCUCAGGCGACUGGUACGGUAUACGUUGUAUUGUAUGGAAAAGAAUUACAUUGUUCAACCGGCAUAA